AUGACCUUGCAAAGGGUCUUGCGAAUCGCCCGAUCCGACUUGCAAGAUGCCUUUGUCCUCGUGCAUGUCGUCAGCAACGGGCCCGAUACGCUUGAUCUGGCCCUCACUGCCACGGAGGGAGAGUGCCCCUACGCAGCCUCGGUUAGACAUUCUCGCAUCAGAGAUCUUCGUGUGAAGAACUACCAAGGGUCAGAAGAAGAGUGGACUCGUAUCAUUUCCCACGUCCUAGGGCAACCCGCCGACGCCCACGAGCUGGCCUCAGUCGGGAUUGAAACCUCCGCUAGCAUUUCUGGCUUUGGCGAUGAGGGGGAAAUGAUCAUCACCAUUCGAAACAGAGUCCAAUCCAUCACGCAACGACUUGGUACUCUCGUUCUCAAACAGGACGAUGAACAAGCCAUUGAACUCUUUGCAUGGUCAGGGGUGGCUGCAUCCAGAGCAGACGAGCUGGAGCAACAAGUUACCAAGUUGUCUGGCCGCUAUCGGGUCGCCGAGGAUACCAUUCAAAAUCUGAACAAACAACUCGAGGAACUCUUACGAGCCAAGGAUCAUCAUGAAACCCAACUGGUGGCAAACUUUGCUCAGCUGCUGAAUGAGAAAAAGUUGAAAGUUCGCAACCAGCAGCGUCUGCUUGCAUCUGCUACUGUAGAUACAACUAAAGGUAGGAUUGUAUUCUCCGAUAUCGGCCUUUCUACCACUGAAUUAAUCGUACUUGUUUCAGUUUCCGAAAUUCAAGCCGCAGCAGGGGAUCCCCGCCACGCCACUGAAACUCACCGUGCGGGAAAACGCCCCGCGCAUGACAUGGAACAGACGGACGGAGAGUCAGACGAGGGCUUUGAACUAAUGGACAUCGAUGAAACCAGAGUUGAUGACGGCUCUCAGCUGGACCAGGACACCGAUCAGGCUACAGAUGAAAACACCGAUCAUGAAAUACAAUCGUCUCCGCAGCCGCCGGUGAUGAAACCGGUGGUACAGGUCGAAGCAUCGACACAGCAAAACAGUGCAAGGACAGCUCCUCCCAAGAGAGAGCUUCCCUUUGUCAGACGGGAACAAUCAAGGGAAGAUGCGGAGGAGACUGCUGGAGAAUCCGACGACGACGAGCUAUGA